CCAGUGCAUUGUCCAACCCUCCGCCUCCUUGGUAUAUACCCCGUCACGAUCUCGUGUCUUCAUUGAGUUGUCAUCUAGAGCUCUCUAUUCACGGCAGACGGUCUGCGCCAGACACGUAUCCGCCAGGCAGACGCGCAGGCAGACGCGAGUAUUGCCGACGGGCUGGUCGUGAUAAGACCGUCUUACCUCUUGGAGAGAGGAAGGAGUCCGGAGAGGUUGCCGGGGAAGGCGCGACGUUCGACGGUCGCGGGUCGAGAGCGGCGAGACAAGUCUUCACGGCUCAUCCGCAGCAUCCGGACAUCCGGAUCUCGGCGUGAGACAGACGAUUGCCAGGCUUGAUAUACCCAGCAUUUGUCUCUCUCGCGUCUACACCGCGUAUUAGUCGGCCCAACAUGACACGACGGCAUCCCACUACGGACACCAACACAAGCAACGCACUUCGCAUGCAUAGCUUCGUGUUCCCUGCUCAUUCUGAGGGUCACCAUGGACAAACGCAUACAUCGAUGAAUGCGGUCCAGCUGAGUCCAGAUCAACACGAGCAACAAUUGCUUUACGACCAAGUUAUCAACCACUCCCCCGUUCAUGCCCACGGGCCAUGGGGCCAACAAGGUUUUCCACCUCAAGCCUUCAUGAUUGCCCAAAACACCCAUGAUUCUACUUCACAAACCCAUUUUCAGUCAGAUUCCCAGCCAGGACAGCUGCCUUCUUCGUCUUCUGCGACUUCUCUGACCUCUGGAUCGCCCACUGCCACUUCCACAUCCGCAGCAGCGCGUCCUAGGACCCGCUCGCAAACGAAGCGUGAUGCUCAAGCAGCCCGGGCCGCUGCUGUUCUACACGCUGGAAUGUCUAUGCUCCCUCCACCGGUCCCACCUCUACCUGUCAAUAUCGCCCCUGCUCCGAUCGUACCGACCGCCAAUGGCACCAGUUCCUCGUCGUCGCAUACAUCGAUCCAAAUUAGGCGUGGAAUCAAGACCGCAACCGAUGCCACAUCUGCUCUGCCGAGGAGCACGAGUGAUCCAACUGGGCUAGGAAUGCAGGGGGUAAAAACGCGAUUGAGAGCGAGAAAGGAGGCAGAAGAGGUCAAGCCUCCCCCGCUCUCCGUUACCAUCGCUCAGUCUGCAGGUCAGCUUAUGUUUGCUGGUACCGUGUCUGGGGGCGUAAGCCCUCACACGACAGUGAACAGCGCCAACCAGUCUCCCAUCACUUUCGCCCAUCCUCCAAAUCCCCCAUGGGCCCACCUCUCCUAUACGCCAACUCACUCUCGCACUAUGACCCCUACAUCCACUACGCCGUCCCUCCAUUCCUCUGCAUACAGUACUUCGUCCCUGUCGCCACCAUCUCUGACUAGUGCGACAACGUCCUCUGGAUCGUCAUCUCGUCGCGCACCGAAAAGGAAGGCCAAGCUGACGAACCACUUGCGGAAAGAGAUGCUGGAAUUCGCAGAGAAGCAUCCUAAGAUGACACAGACAGACAUUGGUAUACGGUUUGAGGUCGAACGUAGUACGGUCAGCAAGACGCUUAAGAACCGCAGCUCUAUCUUGAGAGAGCUGGAGGACGGGAGGGUUGGUCCAAAAAAUAGGCCUACCAAGUAUCCCGAUGUGGAGGAGCAGAUGUCCCCCUGGGUUGCUCGAUUAACAGAGCAGAACGUCUCGAUCAGUGAUGCGAUGAUCCGGGAGAAAGCGCUCCAGAUUGCUGAGACGCUUGGACAUACACCUCGCUUCAAAGCGAGCGUAGGUUGGGUUUCCGGCUUCAAAAAUCGACACCAAAUCAGGAAGGGUGUUGUCGGAGGAGGAACCAUCGAGGAUGAACAUAUGGAGGAAGAAGAAGAGCCACCGACAAUGGCAAAGAGGCGCCGCACAGGGCGCUCGAACGCAAAGUCAACAGGCGGUGAGGUGACUGAAGAGGAGACCGAGAGAGAGGAAGAAACAUCGACCUUGGCGAACUCCUCACAGUUUUCUAGUGGCUUCUCCGCUGUCAGCUCGGGUUCAUUGACCAUCUAUGAUCCUUCUUUCGAGGAUUACGCCACUGGCGACAGCCAGGAAUUGGCUGGCAAGCUCGACGCUCAACCAGACUUGGGGGCUGAACAGGACAUGCUGGUAGAGAAAUCAGCCGCUCCUGUCCAACAUCUUCCUGAGAGUCGUCGAAGAGCUUUCUCAAAUGCCUCAGCACCUGGAAGCUCGCCUGCACACUUGGACGGUUUCGUGUCCCCCACGGGCUCCUUUGGAUCUCAAGCACAGGUCCAGUUCCCUCAGGCUACUUCGGAACCCAUGUCUAGCGCCACUUCUUCUCCAUUACAGCCUCUCCAACACAAUUUACGAGCGGAUGGGUUCUUGUUCCCCGCAUUAGCAGAAGAGCCUUCUUUGCCGGAACAAACAAGCACCCCCAGCAACGAAAUGAGCAAUAUGGUUCUCUUCACACCGCCGCAGCAACUGCCCCGGUCCAGCUCAUCACGUAAUACACUGCAUGCAUUUCUGCCGAGCACAGAUACUAUCAUAGAGGACGAUGAACAUGGGUCAGGGGACGCGUCUGAAGCUGCCUAUCAUGCUGCUUUCGGACCACUUGGCACACCGUUUACUCUCUCAUCAAGCUCUGGAAAUCAUCUGGCAGGUGCAUUUCAGCAUAGCGUCUCUGGUUUCCAUCAGUUGCAGGGCGAACUCGCCUCGCACUCACAAACAACCUUGUCCAUGGCUCCACCAUCGAUUACUCGUUCGGGUGUUCCGCCAAUGCAACAUGCCAUGAGCGAGUUGGUCGUGUCGCAAACUAAUGGCUUCCCUCGUCACCACCGUUUGCAUCGAUCCCAUUCUCAGUCCGAAGUCCUUUUUGCAUCUCGAGACAUGAUAUCCGUCGAACAUGGCCAGCAGCCCGAGAUGCCCUUCCACCAGAUUGCGGAACAGUUCUCUAGACCAGAUUUUGUCCCGCAAGGUGGGCCAAGCCAAAUGGGCGCUUUCCCACCAUCUCAGGUUACGACAUCUGCAGAUCCUGCCUCGAAGAUCGCAUGGCUUGACCACACACUGACCCAGUUCGCCGGUGAUUUGAGCGAAGAUGAGCUUCUCAUGUUCCGGCAGGUGCGCGAACGCAUGCGGCAGCAACAGGCGAACGACCUGAUGGCUGGUCAGAAUGCCUGAAAAACUCUUCCAUUUCAGUUUCUCUUCUCUCCGUUUCUCUAAUAUGGCUCUCGCAAGGAAUCUCCAAAUCUCUCUCUGCAAGUUGUUUCUUUUCUGGCCGCAUCAUUCACCCUCCCGCAAUAUCACCACGAGGAUCAAAAGGCCCUUCCAUCGAGAGCCAUGCUAUCAAAACCACGCAUCACUUGCACGCAAUUCUCGGCUCUCCAUCAUUGGCUCUGUGGAAGGCCAACCGUCCAUUGGCCAUUUUUCCCCAAGACUGUUCUCAUCCUCAUUCCCUGCCAAUCCCCUCUACCCAUGCCAUUCAUUCAAUUCCCUUUGAAUAAUGAAUUACCC